AUGAUGAGGAUACAAGAUGACUUAUCCAUUAAAAUUCUACAACCAGAGGACACAUAUAAAUAUCUAGGUAUCCAACAGGGAAUGGAAAUUAGAACAACUGAAGCCAGGGAAGCAUUCAAACAUAAAUUUUUCAACAGGUUAAAAAAAGUACUACAGGCCAAAUUGAAUGCCAAAGCUAUGAACACGGCAAUAAGCACCUGGGCAAUACCAUCCCUGUCUUAUUCUUUUGGAAUUGUGAAGUGGACAACAACAGAUCUCAGAGCACUGGACAUUCAAGUGCGAGGGCUCCUCACCAGGCAUGGAAUACACCAUCCUUAUGCCUCAGUAAAUAGGCUAUACAUACCGAGGAAUAAAGGGGGUAGAGGUAUACAAAAUAUCGAAACCAUACACCACAAUAUAGUCAAGGAUAUGAGAGAGUACUUCAAAUCAAAACACUUACCUUUCUAUAAAGCUCUCUCCAGGAAAGAUCAAGGCAUUACGGCGCUGAACCUGGCUUCUGAACAUCAUCCGGCUGAACCUCCAACCAUCGAGGAACUGUGCGAGGAUUGGCAUGGCAGGGCACUUCACGGAAGAUAUCCAACGGUCCUAAAAAAUAGAGAUAUAGAUACAGAAAGAUCGCUCUCAUACCUCAAAGCUGGAUACCUUUUUCCAGAAACGGAAGGUAGACUGGCAGCGAUCCAGGAUCAGGUGGUCCCUACAAGAGCGUAUCAGAAAAACAUAACGGGCAGAAAUCUUCCUAGUGAUAAGUGCCGUAAAUGCUCUCAGGCACCAGAAACAAUUCAGCAUGUCACAUCAUCUUGCCCCGCGCUCGCUCCCAGGGAAUACACUGAUCGGCACAAUUCCAUGGCAAAAGUAUUCCACCAAGCCAUCGCCCUGAAAUAUGGAUUAUUAAAAACAGAAAGAAAAAUACAUAAAUACUUACCAAAACAAGUUCAGGAAAAUGAUGCUGUGAAGGUGUAUUGGGACCAUCCACUGAUAACUGACAGGCCAAUCGCGCACAACCGGCCUGAUAUUGUCAUCCUUGAAAAGAUGGAAAACCGAGCCACUAUAGUUGACAUCACCGUACCGGCCGACGACAACGCUGAAAAAGCGUACACUGAAAAGAUAAUUAAAUAUCACGAUCUGGCAUUUGAAUUAAAAGAACUGUAUAGACUUACCCACAUAACGAUACUUCCUCUGGUCAUCACUACGAAUGGGCUGGUUGAGAUGCAUCUGACUGGGAACACAGCGAAACUUGGACUUCACGAAGACCUAAUAGAGAAGGCGCAGAAGGAGGUGAUCUUGUGGACCACGAGAAUUGUGAGAAGUUUCCUCACUAGCAAUUGA